AUGGCAAGCGGGGGCCAUACUCCCCAGCCUCCUCCAUCCCAUCCCUCCCCUCCUUCUUGGGCUCAAAUUGCCUCCAAGGUUACAUCCACCCAAGAAACCUCUCCCCUGUACAAUCCUGCGAUUCUCAACAAACUAAAAGAAUCUACUUCAGAUUUCAUUAAACUGGACAAUGAUACCUUGAAUCGAGCUCGCCUUCGUUUCCAACACUCACUCUUUGGGAAGUUUUUUGGUAAACCUCCUCUGUUUGAACAAGUGAAGAUCUUUCUCUUGAAGAAAUGGGAGAACAUUGGGGAAGUUUUGAUCUCGGAUUUACCUAAUGGCUUCAUCCUUAUUCGUUGUCCUAAUGAUAAUGUCUUACAGUGCCUUCUCUCUGAAGGUCCCUGGACCAUCAAUGGCAUUAUCUUGCAGCUAUCUCCUUGGCGCCCUUACUUCGAACCUUCUUUCACUAAGCUGACUACUGCAGCAAUCUGGAUCCAACUUCAUAAUCUUCCAAUUGAAUUCUGGAGUGGUGAUACCCUUGAAACCGUUUCCAGUCAUCUUGGAAGGCUUCUGAAAAUCGAUGAACUCACUCUCUCUCUUACCCGAACCAAAUACGCUAGAAUUUGCCUUGAACUGGAUCUUUCCAAACCACUCAGCAAGGGUUUUUGGCUUGGAGAUGAUAUCCAUCGUGUCUUUGUUGUGGUUCAAUAUGAGCGUCUUCCAACCUUUUGCUACUCCUGUGGAGUGAUUGGCCAUGGCUCUAGCUCCUAUAGUCGGAAUCCAGUAACCGGGAAGGCCAAAGUCUCUCAGCCCUCUCGAAAUUUUCGAGAGAAGGAGGUUAGACUUGAUCCCCUUCCCAUGGAUGUUGGAACUUCCGUCCGAGAUCCUGUUCCCCCUUCUUCGGCUAGCAGUGAUGGUGCUUUGUUUGUUCCUGAUAAUUCUGUGAGUGAUUCUGACUUCGGUCCUUGGCUUCUCGUUUCUCGCCGGCGAGGCCAACCCCGUUCCCAUGGCGGUGGUGCUCGCACCCCUAACGCGAACGUUGGAACGGCAGCCGCUCCGAGCAACGAUGACCGCUCGUCCCGAGGAGUUCCUCUUUAA